AUGAAACAACAAGAACAAAACCUCAUCCUCCAAAGAAGUGCAAGCGCAAGCACAAGCACAAGAAGCAACAGAAGAAUCAUCCCUUCAAACCAUCAUGCGCUUUUAUCCGAUGAUGUGUCGGAAAAACUCCUUUUAAGGCGAGGUUUGUCGCCAUCUAUCUCUUCCUUUCAUCAACAAAACACGAAAUCAUUACAAGCAAAUAAGAUAUCAUCAAUCAUACGAUCAUUCCUCAACAUCUUCACCUUUCCAACGAUCAUCCCAACAUGCAAGUGGCUCACUAUCCCUUCACACCUCUCCAUAACCCCUUCCAUCGGCCGCAAAGUCACCGGAACCCUCUUCGGCAACCGCCGCGGCCAUAUCUCCUUCGCCGUUCAGCUCGACCCUCGCACCGAUCCCCUUAUCCUCCUCGAGCUCGCCAUAUCCACCUCUUCCCUCGUUAAGGAGAUGUCCUCCGGUCUUGUCCGCAUCGCGCUUGAGUGCCAAAAGAUUCCGGCCGCCGUGCACGGUGGAGGAAGGCAGAGGAGACUCUUCCAAGAGCCUGCUUGGACCAUGUACUGCAAUGGGAGGAAGUGUGGCUACGCCGUGUCCCGCACGUGCGGGGAGCAAGACUGGCACGUGCUGAAUACUGUGCAGAGCGUGUCAGUCGGCGCUGGGGUGAUCCCCGUGUUGGAGGACGGCGGAGAUGGGAGGAAAGGAGGUGGCGGGUCAGAGGGCGAGUUGAUGUACAUGAGAGCAAGGUUUGAACGAGUCGUUGGGAGCCGUGACUCGGAAGCGUUUUAUAUGUUGAACCCUGAUGGUAAUGGAGGACCUGAACUUAGUAUUUUUCUAUUGAGAAUAUGA